AGUGGAUCUGGUAGUUACUGUAACCGAUGUGCCCGUCUGCCCCCCGCAGCUGGGGCUGCGACAAGCCCGUAUUAUUUGGUGUAGCCAAACUCACCGGGUACUCAGAAACUCUGCCCCGGGGGUGAAUUAUCCCUGCAUGUAAGCGGAAACCGUGCAAUGCCAGAAAUGUGUGGGGCUGUCACUGUGACCAUUAUAUAUGAGAAUGAAGGGAAGUAUGGCUACUGCGCCGGGGAGCCUGUCACUGGGUACGUCCUGCUGGAAGUGCUCCGGGAGAUACGGGUUCUGAGCCUUCUCCUGCGGGUGUGUGGGGGCGCCAUGACCUGUAAGCAGGGGAAACAGCUGGAAGAUGCCUGGGAAGCUUUCCCACAGGCGACGCACUAUUUGAAUGAGGAGUACAGUUUACUAACAGAGCCAGCAGGUGAUUGUGAAAUACUCCUGUUCCCAGCUGGAAAUCACAAAAUUCCCUUUCGUUUUCAACUACCUGAAAGCCCUCUUGUUACAAGUUUUUCUGGGAAGUAUGGUAAAGUUUACUACCAAACUACAGCGGUUUUGAAAAGACCUUCAGUGCCUCCUCAUACCACUCACAGGGAGCUCCGUGUCCUCAGUCCUAUCAACGUCAACUCUCCAUCUUUAUAUACUCCUGUAGAAAGAUCCAAAGAAGUAAUGGUCGGUUGCUGGUUCUUCAUGUCAGGUCCAAUAUCUGUCAAUGCCAAAAUUGGAAGAAAAGGCUAUUGUAAUGGAGAAGCUAUUCACAUAUAUGCAGAUAUAGAAAAUGGCUCCUCCCGUUUAAUAGUGCCCAAAGCUGCCAUUUACCAAACACAGAGCUUUUUGCUGGAUGGGAAGACUAGAACAGUGAGACAGAUGCUGGCCAGUGUGCGGGGAAACCACAUUGCCUCUGGAAGUGCUGACUCUUGGAACGGCAAAGCACUGAAGAUACCCCCAGUAACUCCAUCUAUUCUGGAGUGCAACAUCAUCAGAGUGGAGUAUUCACUUGCGGUGUCUAUUAACAUUCCUGGAGCAAAGAAACUGAAGGUGGAGCUUCCAUUGGUUAUUGGUACAAUCCCACUUAAUGAGUUUAACUGUAGAAAUGCCAGUGUUGCCAGCCAAUUUUCAAUGGAUAUGAGCUGGCUUGCCUUGGCUCUGCCAGAACAGCCUGAAGCUCCACCUAAUUAUGCAGACAUAGUGUCAGAAGAAGAUCUGUCCAGAGAUAUCAGUUCUAUGGAAGAUAUUGGAGAUGUAUUGGAAGGACUUCACUGCCCUCCCUUUGCUGUCAUCCAGGAAUUUCGGUUUCAGCCACCACCACUCUAUUCGGAGGUAGAUCCUCAUCCCUGCCCCACCAUAGAUGGACAGAAUGUAUCCUUCACCUUGGGAAACUGAAACACCUACAUUAUACAGUUCCUCCUUGUGUCUCAUUAUAGCUUCACUGGUUGCAUAAUCCUAAAAACUAAUUAUUAAACAGCUGUUUACAACCUC